GCGCCCACGGCGCAGAUGCUCCGGCCCGCGCGCGCACCAGAAAAAGAGCGUCCCGGUUCGAUCUGCGCCCCUCUCUCUCUCGCUCGCUCGCUCGCUCGUUCGCUCGCUGGCUGGCUGCUUCGCUCGCUCGCGCCGUGGGGGAGCGCGCGCGCACGGCUCUUCUCGUCUGUAUACAGACGGACGGCGCGGAGCACUGGCGUGAAUCGUCGCCGUCGCGCUGCUGGCACACGCUCGCCGCGAGUAUGCCGAGGUGAAGAGCGGCGUUCGACGCGAGAACAGCCUCCACUGGCAUGCCCGCCGCCACUUAGCGCAGCGAGGCGUCGUGUGCGCGAGUGCCGCUCCAGCGACGGCUGUCGCGCUGAUCCUCGCUCGCCGUGCUGUCGCCGCUGCUGUUGCUGCCGCGGCCGCUGCCGCUGCGAUGCAGACUCCAUAGACGCGGCCAGCCUUUCGGAGGCGGAGGUGGCAAGCAGCGGCACGAUGACCGUCAACGACUCGGCGGACGACUCGACGACGUGCUCGUGGUGCGCGAUAGGCCCGCCACCGAACGCGAUCCUGCAGAUCCCACCGCCGCCCGUGCCGGCCUUCCUGCUGGCCGAUUACUACCCGAGCGGCGCGCUCAGCGGAUCCUCCGGCCUGCCCCUGCUCGACAAUCGCUUCAACAGCAGCCCCUGCCGGCACUCGUGCGAGUGGCGUGCCGAGGGCGUCCACUACGUCGAGGUACCGCAGCAAGGUAGCAUGCUCGACGACACGUGGCUUCUGGUGCUAAUAUCCUCGUGCGUCGGCGUUAUACUGAUCGGCGUUGUGCUCGCGGCGAUGCUGAUCAAGUGCAAACUACAGCCGGACGACGUGAGCCGUCACGUGAACGACGACGCGUCGCAGUGCAGCAGCCGCAGCAACAAGAACAGCACGCUGUCCACCUCGACAGCGAGCUCGAGCAUGCAGACGACGACGACGAGCGGCACGGGGCCCUGCCUCAGCAGCAGGACCAUAGCCAGACUGCAGCACGAGGCGGCCGUGUUGUACCCCUGCGGCCAGGAGGACUCGCGGGUCAUGUGGGCCACGCUCACGCCGCGCGGUACCACCAGGCACUACCUCGAGGAGCACACCUACGAGACCAUCGGCAGCGUCUGCCACGGGCCGCAGCUGCCGCCGCCGCCGCCGCCGCCACCGCCGCCGCCGCCGCCGCCCUCGCAGCAAGCCCUUGGCUCCUCCUACGUCGCCGGCGGCAUGCUCGGCCUGGCCCAUCACCAGCACCACGAUCACAGUAGGAGACAUUACCCUGAGAGCCCGUCUGAACAUGUAAACCUCAAGGCAAUUCCAACAAUUUAUUUGUCAUACCACUCGGAUACUUACAAUGAGCCUCCCGCACCGUCGCCUGUUAUGACUCGGCCGAAGGACGAGAAGGCUUUUGACAACACAGCUUUCGUCGAUUACGAGGAGCCGCACUCGAUGAAGAGCGAGUACUAUCAGCUCGACGACGUGCUGGAGCCGUGCGAUCCAAUAUUCUCGGUGCAGGGCAUGUACGGCAUGCCGCCACGGAGUAGCGCCGGUCCGACUACACUGCCGGCGACGACGAGCCCCGGCGGCGCGUUGCGGCCCCGCGUGAGCUCGCCGACGAGGAUCGAGCACCCGAACCUGCCGCCGCUGAACCUGCAGCCGACGCUACCGCGCAGCAAGCAGCGCACGCGCAAGAACUCGAUCAACCAGCAUCCGCCCGACUGCACGCUGCUGCGCGGUGCCGGUACUUACAUACCAACCAUAUAGAAUCGACGGGAUCAACGGAUCUAUGACGACCAUAGAUACUGAGAUGUGCGAGUGAGAGAGAGAAAGAGAGAGAGAGAGAUAGAGAAAAACAAGCUCCUCUCGGCUCUUCAUCGAAUGAAGAUUGCCUGGGACGGAUUUAUUAUUUUUUUUAUAUUGUAUGCGUGUGCGAGUGCAUGCGGAUCGAGAGGAGAGAGAGAGAAUAAGCUCGGUUCGCGAGCCUUGAGAUUUAUUCGAGUUAAACGAUGUAUGCAAAGUAAUAACGCGUUGAGAUUUCUCGCAUUUUCUCGUAGAAUUUCACGCGCAAAACUCGCCGCUAUUGCGGGAAUAAUAAAUGAAAAAAAACAAAAAAAAACAUGUUGCAAGAAUUGUUUGGCGUUUUAUAAGAAAGCUCAAAUGAUUUGUUUUUUAAAUGCAACGAACUAUCAGUCAACGUUCCUCACAGUAAUCGCUAACACACUUUCAAGCUACGAAAACGCUGCUAAUACGUCAUUAGAUUUCUGACAAGGUGCGAAAGACCAUUUGUAUAACGAUGAUUCCGUUCUUUUUACGAAACGAAAGAAAAGCAGAGAGAGACAAAAAAUUUUUUUAUAUUGUUAUGGUAGUUUGUAGCCUUUGAUAUUAAGGUAUUUCGUUGAUGCGAAAUGGACAAUUCAGUGUGAAUGAGCGUAACAUAAUAUAUUCGAAUUUCUUCUUCUUGCGUCGAAUGUUUCUUCUCUCCAAGUCAAAAGAGAUUCAUUCAUUAAUUUGUUAAUAAUCUCUCUAUUUACCUCAUAUGUAUGUAUCGCAUAACUCGCAUUUAUUCUAAAUCAUAAUUUUAGCAAAUUAUUUAUUUUUUAACUGGCUUCGAUAUAGAUUAGUGAAUGAUACAAGAAAAGAGAAAAAGGAUAUACACCACGUGCUAAGACAUAUAUGUAUAGAUAAACAAAAAUGAUAUUGCUACUUUUUACACUACACACUUUUAAAUUCUAAACGUCGUUAUUGUGACAGUUAGCUAGUACCUUCUUCAUCAUCAUUCUUGUCAAUUUUAAUGUCAAGUGUAAAGAAACCAACUUUCUUACCUUUUUUACUUAUUUAUGGUCACCAAACUAUUUUAACACAUUACUAGUCACGCCUACUUUUCUACGCCAAAGUUACGUUAUUAGGUUGUUCAGUUAGGUUACUCUUUAUGUAUGUUGUAUAUCUAUCGAAAUCGUUUUUUAUUGAACAAAGUUUUGCGUUGAUUUAAGAAAGAGCGAAUGCAGAGAAAAAGAUGAAAAAACAAAGCAAAUAAAACAAAAAAAAAAUCGAUUUUUCUACGCCGUACAAUCUUGUUUGUGAUCUUUUUGAUAAGUAGUUUUCCUACGAAGCGAAGGGAGACUUUUUAGAUACGAGCUUUUAAAUGUAGCGAAUGAAAAAAAAAAUACAAAGCGCGCAAGUAGAUAGAGAGAACCAAAUAGAAAGAACCAAAUCGGCUAGGGGAUCAUUGGCUCGUUAAUAGGGGGAAUAAAUUGUAGAUUUAUAUAAUGUAUUAGAAAAGAAAAAACAAAGCUAAUGUGCGAGUAAAUAAAA